AUGUUCACACCAACCACCGCAAACGCAACGGAAACAAGCGCGAACGAGACGAGUCUGGGAACCAUGAUCGAAACCAUCGAGACCCGCCUGGUCGGUCAUAAAGGCUGCUUGGCCUUAAUAUUCUUCGUCUGCAUCUUGAUGAUGUAUAUAGGCUUCACUACCGACGCGAUGGAGGCUGAGGACAAUCAUGUUCCUCCGUACCGAAAGGACGAGGAGGACGAAGAGGCUCUCAUCCACGCUAACACCUCUCAGAUUAAGCAAGAACCGAAAAGUCUAGCUGGGAUGCUUGCCAAAGUCAAGAUCAUCCCAGCGUACGGUCAAGGAGGAGAUAUUGCGGACCAACAGCGAUUCCCACCGAGCUACACCACUUCAGGUAACAGAUACUACGACCUGGCUGACUGGGUGGAGCAGCUGAGCCUGAACCCCCCGCCUCCGGGUGGUUACGUCAAGCACAAGAAGGCGCUGGCACCGUCUCGAUCCCGACUAGAGCAAGAAGGCUUCGGCAAGGUCUCGUUCAAGAUUGGUCGGUACGACCAGCAAGAGUCCGAGGUGGAAAGGGGAGGAUGA